GCCUUCAGUGAGCACAAAAUGUGCAGAUUUGGGCGAGUGUGCUGGCGCGCUUGCCAGGAAAGUGCAGUCUUGUGGUUUGCGCUGACCGCCUGUGUAUUCGCUUUCGCUAUAUUGAUUGAGCUGUGGCGCGUUCUUACCAAUCGCACUAAAGUAGGAUGGUCUCCACUUUGGCUCCUGGGCCGUUUCGACUGUAUUCCUGUGUCAACCAGAACAGGAAUGCUCAUCGCCUUACAAGUUUCGAUACUCUGUGCCAUGUAUUUUGUAACGUGUUGGUAUCUUAUACAAGGAUAUAGAAAGGCCAAUUACCGGUUGGUGGUCCCAUGGUACAAGAUGCAUACUUUACUUCUAAUGUAUCAACUAAUUUUAAUUUAUAGCCAUGUAAAAGAAAGUAGAUCUACAGACGUCUUCUUAGUUACUGGUGGCACAGUUACAAAUGUACUGUUGGUGGCGGGAGCGUUCGGGGUUAUGAAAUGGGCGGACGCAAUGGGAAUACCUCAGAGCUCCUCCGCUAUAGCCCAGAUGGCACGGAAUCGUAUGAGAUAGAAGUUAAUCCGAUACAAUCGGCGGCAAGGGCGAAGGCUUUAGUGGCGGUGUGGAAUGCAUAGUGACGUAACUUGAGCCAGUGCUAUGCAUCUGUGUUGAAUUGGCGUUAAUCUGCAAAAACUGUGCCUGGAAGACGUAUGCUGUUCAUGUUGCAGCUGUAAAAUUACAUCGUCGCUAAUGUUAAGACUUGCCGAAGCUUGGCCAAGAGCAUGUUAAGUCCACACAGCCAAAUGCGACUAAAGAGCAGCCCGUUAACGUCAGGAAAAUACUUCGCUCAAGUUACGUUUUUAUCGAAAUCGGGAUUUUGAUGCUUUUUUAUUAAAAUUUCUGUUUAUGCAUGUCACACUACUGAAGAAAAACGCGUCCAGUAUCUGUA